AUGUAUACACACACGCACACAGAUAUCGAUGUACGGGCGAGUUUGUGGGAUCUGUGCAAUAAAUAUUACCGACCCAAUCUGAUGAAGUUGACUAUGGUGAGUUGCGAUUCCCUGGACACCAUGCAAGCCAUGGUGGAAGCUCACUUCAGCGAUCUAGUGCCCACGGCCAAUGAAAGGCCCGAUUUGAUCAAAAUGGCGGGUGGAGACGGCAAUAGACACGCAGCGUUCUCGAAA